AUGUACGGAUGCUACGAGACCAUCAAGGACAUUCAAGACCAGGGUACCAUGGCUACCAUCAAGCAUUUCAUUGCCAACGAGCAGGAGCAUCUCCGCCAGGCCUGGAAAUGGGUGCUACCAAACGCUCUCUCACCCAACAUUGACGACCACACCAUGCACGAGGUGUAUGCCUGGCCGUUUAGCGAUGCUGUCAAGACCGAGAUGCUGUCCCCCGGGCUUCAUUGGAUCUACGUCUUGUUACAAAGAGAUAAUGGCAGUAAUUAUGAAUUUUCCAAGUGGUAUUAA